UUAGGUAUAUAUAUGUGUUUUCCUUCAUCCUUGUUCCGCCAGAGCUCCGCCGCAACCGCUGUGUGACAUCAUGGCCACAAAGAUUGGUAGCGUAAACCAGAGUGAUUUCAUGUUCUGUGAGAUUUGUGGAACCAUCCUUUCUUUCGAUUCCAGACUCUAUGUUCGAUGUCCCCUGUGCAAGUUCAAAAAGAAAGCCACAGAUGUUGCUAAAAUGGAAAUAAAAUACACCGUGAGCGAAGAGCAAAUUAGAAGAGAGUUGGGCUUAUCAUCAAUCGAGGUUUCUGGAGAAAGUUCAAGAUCAAUGGAUUAUAACGUACGAUGUCCAAAGUGUUCAAACAAGGGGGUAUACUAUCACACUCAGCAGACCAGGUCUGCUGAUGAAGGUCAGACCAUGUUUUAUAAUUGUCCCAACUGUGGAUACAACUUCACUGAUAAUACAUGAAGGGCCAAUGUACCAAUCAGCCCCUCCACUUUCUUUAAUUACCAUCCACUCCCCAAAUUUUCCACCAUGUGGCUUUUUUCUAUUCAUUGAAACAGACAUUGCAUUUCUGCAGAUUAUAUUUUUCUUUUUUUUUGUUCUAUAACUAUAACAUAGGUCAAAAAUGUUUUGGGGCAUUUCUAGGUUACAUAUUCUGGUUUGUUUUGACAAUUUAUAUUUUAAAUUGUCUAUCGGUUUAAAUGGUAACAA